UAGGGUUGCACGAUGCCGUUUUAGGCCAGAUGUGCUGUACGACAGAAUCCGCCGUUUGAAGUUUUCAUUUAAUUACAAUGCGGUUCGCCCAAUGCUCUAAAAUGCUCGAGGUAGGCUACUCACGAAACUUCUAGCAUUCAAAGUCUACCUCCUUAGAGGUAGGUAGGCACUUUACUACGGCUUAUUAGAGCGUUUACCUCACCACUCGGUUUUUUGGACGAUCUUCUUGGCCGGUGCGCUCGCUGUACCCUGGCUAGUAAGCUGUGACUACUCAGAUUUCUCUGUUCCUUCUGAAGGGGAUUCGCCGAUUUAUCCCGUUCAGCUUGAAACGAACCAUUGGAGACAGGGGCAAAGCGUGGUGGUUCCUACGACCCGUUCACAGGCUCAGAGUCUACUAGACAAGAUCUCUCUCUCAACCCUAAGAAGUCACUACCUAACAUUAUCGAAUUCCUGGAGGACUGUAUAUAAUGGCAGCAUACGAUACUUGGACAAGCACGCUCUAUCCCUCGGAGAAGUUUGUUGAGGCGUGCGGAGCUGUUGUGUUUGACACUUCUGAAAGGCCAAAACGAAUUCUACUAUUGUACCACGCCGCGGACGACGAAUGGCUGUUGCCGAAAGGGAGACGCAAUUGCAACGAAUCUCGAAAAGAAGCGGCCAUACGAGAAAUUCGUGAAGAGUCGGGGUACGACAUUAAGAUUUGUCCGAUGACUAUGGCUACCCGAGCUCCGGCUGAGGUGGAAUUGGCUGGUGUGAAGGAUGUGCCACGGAUCUACGAUAGCUUGACUGAACCGUUCAUCCUAGAUGUUCGAGACCUAAGCAAAGGCAACGAAGUAAAGUUGGUGUGGUGGUUCAUUGCAGAACUAGACGGAUAUGCAGGGGAGGGAGAAGUACAGUUCAAGCCCCAGUUCUUCCCGUGUGACAAGGCCGUCGAGAGAUUGACGUUCCAGAAGGAUCGCGAGGUGCUAUUGAAAGCACUGGAGCUCAUUGCGCACGCAACCGAGAAGCGCAUAAGACCUGCAGAGAGCGGCGUUGAAUUGGCCCAUGGGGGUAAAGAUGAGCUUCUGGUUUCACCGUCUGAUACUACUCUAGAGCCUACCGUCUAGCCAAGGUGUGAAAAUGACAUAUCACUUAAUAAAAUAUUCUUUUAAUUAUGCCUCUCAUUCCGAUCAGACGCCGGACUAGAAGAUCAGAGACUAGCCCUUGGCUCGUGCCAAUAUAUCAAGCCUUUUCUCGGUAAAAAACUUACCCGUGUUCGGAGGGUUCUCCGGCAACUACCCAUGCCGUAGGAUAUUCAGGAACCUUUAGUUCAGCUAUCCACUUCCCGGUACAUGAAAAGAAAGCCUUAUUUAAGUCGUGUAACAGCCACAUUUUUCAAAUAAGGAAAUGAUAGAUUUGUAUCGCGCGGCAAGAGUUCCCAUUGGCAAGAUAUAAGCAAGACAUGAACACAGCAUACCGAGCUGUAAAGUAAAAGGACAGCCACUAUUUAGAGCCACCAAACGCCUCUUCUUCCGCCUCCGCACCGGUCUA